GUUUGUUAAAGUAAGUUUGCUUAACAUUCCCUUCCAGACUUUGCCUUGAAUCAUCUGUGGCUUUGUACUUGUGUCUCCUUUCCUCGUCUUGAAGUAUAGCUUUGUAUCUAUCGUCCUUCAUUGUGCUCUUAAGCCUUAUCGUCAUACUUACCGACCGUGCCGGCGCACUGCCAACCUCAACUGUUGCACUUAACACCCCCCGCCAUGAAGCUUAUGCGGAGACAGUAACAGCCAAGGCAUGGAGAGAACACGAGUUGCUAAGGUUGAAGAUGUGACCUUGGCGCGUCGCGGUGAACAGGUCGUCGGCACACUCCAUCUUACCCCUCAUCAUAUAAUCUUCUCCUACAUUCCUCCCUCGACCGACAAAGUCCAACCUCCCAACACGACCGUCCGGUCAAAGGAGCUCUGGAUCACAUAUCCGAUCGUCUCCUUUUGUACUUAUCGCCCCACUCCCGCCGCAGCCCGCCAGCCGUCUUCGAUUCGGUUACGGUGUCGGGAUUUCACCUUUGUCUGCUUCUACUUCACGAGCGAGAGCAAGGCGCGAGAUGUGUACGAAACGAUCAAGUGCUGGACCUGCAAGGUUGGACGGAUCGACAAGCUGUAUGCUUUCACUUACCAGCCGCCGCCCCCCGAGCAGAAGUUCAAUGGUUGGGAAUUAUAUGACGCCCAGAGGGAAUGGGCCCGGCAGGGCGUGGACCAGGAUGGCUCUGGCUGGCGGAUAUCUCAGCUGAAUGCUGACUAUGGGUUUUCUGCGACUUAUCCUGCUCUCAUUCCGGUGCCGACUACCAUUUCGGAUAUUACGCUCAACCAUGCUGGCAAAUAUCGGUCCAGAGCAAGAGUACCCGCUCUCACGUACUUGCACCCCGUGAACAAUUGCUCCAUCACACGCAGCUCGCAACCGCUGGUGGGCGUUCGGCAGAACAGAAGCAUCCAGGACGAGAAGUUGCUCGCUGCGAUAUUCUCGACUUCGCGAUCUGAACGACCGCUUGCAAAUUUCACUCCGCCGAACCUAGAGGCAGAAUCCUCCAGUUCGACUUCAAGCGACCAGCCCAGCAGUCAAAUGCUGGCAGACAUGACCAAUACCGAAGAACUCGAAGAUGAGAUGCUGGCAUCAUUUGCCGGUGACCCUGAGGGAAAACCCCAUAUCUACGGGGCACAACAACGCAAUCUGAUUGUUGAUGCUCGUCCCACUGUCAAUGCCUUCGCUAUGCAGGCUGUCGGGCUUGGGUCAGAAAACAUGGACAACUACAAGUUCGCUACGAAGGCAUAUCUCGGCAUUGACAAUAUCCACGUGAUGAGAGAUUCUCUUAACAAAGUGAUCGAUGCCCUCAAGGACUCGGAUGUGACUCCAUUGGGUCCGAACAGGGAUCAGCUUGCGCGCAGCAACUGGUUGAAACAUAUCUCAACUGUUUUGGAUGGCGCGGGCUUGAUUGCCCGGCAGGUUGGGCUUCAGCAUUCACAUGUCCUGAUUCAUUGUUCAGAUGGAUGGGACAGGACAAGUCAGUUGAGCGCGCUAAGUCAACUGUGCCUGGAUCCGUACUUCCGGACGUUGGAAGGCUUCAUGGUAUUGGUUGAAAAAGACUGGCUGUCGUUCGGACACAUGUUCCGGCAUCGAGCUGGCCAUUUGAAUAGCGAGAAGUGGUUUCAGAUUGAGAAUGAACGGAUCGGGGGUGACUCGAACCGACCGUUCGGCGAGGCUGGAGGUGCAGGGAGAGCCAUCGAGAACGCCUUUCUGAGCGCCAAAGGUUUCUUCAACAGGGACAACAAUAGUCGUGAUUCUCUUGGAGAGUCGGACGGGGAGAUGCAGUCCUAUGAUGGAGAGAAUGUGAAAAAGCCUGCAGUGCCGAGAGCAACAGCGGUAGAAAAGGAAGUGACCAAGGUGAAGGAAACCAGUCCGGUUUUCCACCAAUUCCUAGAUGCAACAUAUCAAUUACUCUAUCAGCAUCCCACCCGGUUCGAGUUCAACGAACGGUUCCUGCGGCGGCUACUUUACCACUUAUAUUCGUGCCAAUUUGGGACAUUCCUCUUCAACAGUGAGAAGGAACGGGUAGAGUGGAACGCCAAGGGACGCACUCGAAGUGUUUGGGACUACUUUCUGGCACGGAGGGAACAGUUCCUCAAUCCUGACUAUGAUCCGCAGAUUGACGAUCAUAAACGUGGAAAGGAACGUCUAGUAUUCCCACGGGUCAGUGAAGUACGGUGGUGGAGCGAAGCAUUUGGUAGAACCGAUGCUGAAAUGAACGGCUCUCGGGCCCCUGCGUCGGGGCUGUCAGUGCCCCGUGAAGCCCCAAGCGCUCAACGCUCGCCAGUGUUGACCGGGAUGGAGACCGCCAACCAUUCUGUUGGCGCUGGCUCCGCUGGCAAAGACGUUGACAAUGCCCCACCGAGCGGUGUCGCUGCUGUGACUGCGGGAAUCUCGAGUUUGGCUUUCCCCAAAAGCAAAGAGAGUACCCGGGAUACGAAAAGCAUGAAUCGUAUGGAGCUUGAGCUGCAAUGAAGGGGGAGAAAUACCACUUUGCCUCCCAGAUGAUGGAAAGAUGGACGCACCGCUGUCAGCUUUGGCCAGGAGGGACGAUCUACAAAAGCCAGCGCCUGUUAUGUUUGUUAUUUAGCUAUUGUUGUGUCCUUAGUCUUGCUUUUUUUGACGCUACCUCCUUUGUCUUGAUUUUGCGGGCUGAGAUACGAUUUCAAGGUCCGAUGGAUAGUGCAUUAGGCCAGAAGGGAAGAAAGAGACAGGCCGAGUACCAUCCAUGUGGGGUCUGGAUAUCCCCGCUGGGGCAUUGAGAGCUGUUUUGAAGAAGGACCCAUCGAUAUAGAGGAUUAAGCCAGUGAUAGUGCCGGAGAGUACGGUGGCUUAUCUAGUCCGAGAUGGUAAAGAUGCGCCCAAGUGUAGCAGCUGUAUAGAGCAAGAGAAAAAGAG